GGGUGCAGAGAGCCAAGGCCCUGUAGCACUCAUUUCUUCUCAGCUGUAUUUGACCUACUACUACUACUACUACUACUACUAUCUGCAAGCAUGUCUAUGUUAAUAAAGAACAUGACUUUCAAGGCUGGGCAAACCCUGACUGUUGUUGGAGUCAUCAAACCUGAUCCCAAACGUUUCGAAGUGAAUAUCGGCCCCAGCGAGGACAGAAUUGCACUUCAUUUCAACCCUCGUUUUAAUUCCUGUGGAGACAUAAAUACAAUUGUCUGCAACUCUUUUGAGGCAGGGAGAUGGUGUGAGGAGAAACAUGAGAGACGCUUCCCUUUCUAUCGAGGACAGGAGUUCAAGGUUGUCAUCAAAUUCACCCUUUCAGAGUUUGUGGUGACUUUACCGUGUCGUUCAACUUUCUGUUUCCCCAAUCGCAUCGGUGCAGAGAAAUACUCUGUCAUGAGCUUUAUUGGGGAUGCUCGCAUUAGAAGCAUUGAGAUCAAGUAAAGCUCCAUCCCGCCUGGAAUUUCUGGAUUGAAAAUCCUGGGUUUUUUUUUGGUUUUUUUUUUCUGUUUGUCUAGCAGAAGGUAAUAAGUAGCUGUAGGUCUUCAGCUUCCUGUAAAUGUGCCAAUCUUGACUCUGAUCACAGAUUGUCAUAUCUUGCACAAAUUUAGUUUGUUGAGAGCAGAUCCAAACAGCUAUGGGCAUAAAGAUGGAUACUCAUAAUCUUUAGCUUUUGUGGAAUCCUACCGUGAGCAGUUUUAAAGUAGUCCAAGUGAUUUGCUUUUUGGAGUUUUUUUGCUUUCAAGAAUCAUAAAUCAUAAAUGUGUUAUCGGGUUUUUCUUUAAGGUGCCUUAAAAUGCUUCACUAUUUGCUUUUCCAAGACAUUUCACUUUUUAAUUCUUACC